AUGCCCUCUGCAUCUUUAUUAGUAAAUCUUCUUUCAGCUUUAUUCAUGUCGUUUGUAUUUGGAGAAACAGAAGUAAGAUUUGCAGGAGAAACAGACUUUGUUGUUAAUGAAACAGAUACAACAGUUAUUCGUCUUGUUAUCGAAAGGAUAGGAGAUCCAGCAAAUGCCACUGCAAUUGUAUCGCUUUAUGGUGAAAACACAGGGGAUUUUUUGGACACAUUUGCUGCAGCGUUUAUACCAGCUGUAGAAACAAAUAGGACCGUGUACAUAGCAGUAUGUGAUGAUGACUUACCAGAGCCUGAUGAAACUUUCAUUUUUCACUUAACAUUACAGAACCCCUCAGCAAAUGUGAAGCUUGGAUGGCCAAGGACUGUCACUGUAACAAUAUUAUCAAAUGACAAUGCCUUCGGAAUUAUUUCAUUUAAUAUGCCUUCUGCAAUCACAGUGAGUGAACCUAAAGGCAGAAAUGAGUCUGUGCCUCUUACUCUAAUUAGGGAAAAAGGAACGUUUGGGACAGUCACUGUGACUUUUGAGGUAGAAGGUGGCCCAAAUCCACCCGAAGAAGAUUUGAAUCCAGCUAAAGGAAACAUCACAUUUCCUCCUGGCCAAGCAACUGUAAUUUAUAACUUGACAGUACUGGAUGAUGAGAUUCCUGAAAAUGACGAAAUGUUUUUGAUCCAGCUGAAAAGUUUUGAAGGCGGAGCUGAGAUCAACACCUCUAGGAGCUCAGUUGAGAUUACCAUUAAGAAAAAUGAUAGUCCUGUGAGAUUCACUCAGAGUAUUUUUUUGGUACCUGAGGAAGAUCAUUUACUCUUAAUUCCAGUAGUUCGUGGCAAGGAUGACAGUGGAAGUCUGAUUGGAUCUGAUGAAUAUGAAGUGUCGAUCAGUUAUGCUGUUAUAACUGGGAAUUCAACUGCACAUGCCCAGCAGAAUAUAGACUUCAUUGAUCUUCAACCAAACACAACUAUUGUUUUUCCACCUUUUAUUUAUGAAUCACACCUGAAAUUUCAAAUCAUUGAUGACGCCAUACCAGAGAUUGCUGAAUCCUUUCACAUUGUAUUACUAAAGGAUUCCUUACUUGGAGAUGCAGUGCUAUUAGGACCUUCUAUUGUACAAGUCACCAUUAAGCCGAAUGACAAACCUUAUGGGGUCCUCUCAUUCAACAGUGUCUUGUUUGAAAGGACAGUUAUAAUUGAUGAAGAUACAGUCUCAAGAUUUGAAGAAAUCACAGUGGUCAGAAACGGUGGCACCCAUAGUAAUGUUUCUGUGAACUGGGUGUUAACACGGAACAGCAGUGAUCCCUCACCAGUAACAGCAGAUAUCAGGCCAAGUUCUGGAGUUCUCCAUUUUGCACAAGGGCAGAUGGUGGCUUCAAUUCCUCUUACUGUUGUGAAUGAUGAUCUUCCAGAAGAGGCAGAAGCUUAUCUACUUCAAAUUCAGCUUCACACGAUACACGGAGGUGCAGAAGUGAGCGAGCCAUCAGAGCUUUUAUUCUACAUUCAGGAUAGUGAUGAUGUUUAUGGCCUAAUAGCAUUUUUUCCUAUGGAAAACCAGAAAAUUGAAAGCAGCCCAGGUGAACGAUAUUUAUCCUUGAGCUUUUCAAGAGAAGGUGGAACUAAAGGAGACGUCAGGAUGCUUUAUUCUGCACAUUACAUCCCUGCUGGACCUGUGGAUCCUUUGAGAGCAAAAGAUGGCAUUUUAAAUAUAUCUAGGAAAAAUAACGUCAGUUUUCCAGAGCAAAAAACUCAAGUCACUUCAAAAUUGCCAAUAAGAAAUGAUGCAUUCCUUCAAAAUGGGGCCUACUUCCUAGUACAGUUGGAAAAUGUGGAAUUGGUGAACAUAAUUCCCCCAAUCCCACCUAUAAGUCCUAGAUUUGGAAAAAUCAGGAAUAUUUCUUUAUUGGUCACUCCAGACAUUGCAAAUGGAGAAAUUGGCUUUACUAGCAAUCUUCCAAUCAUUUUGCAUGAACCAGACGAUUCUACAGCUGAAGUGAUAUACAUUCCUCUACAUCGGGAUGGAACAGAUGGGCAGGCUACUGUCUAUUGGAGUUUAAAGCCCUCUGGCUUUAAUUCAAAAGCAGUGACUCUGGAUGAUAUAGGUCCUUUUAAUGGCUCUGUUGUGUUUUUAUCUGGGCAAAGUGAUACAACAAUCAACAUUACUGUCAAAGCUGAUGACAUACCAGAAAUGAAUGAAACUGUAACACUUUCUCUAGACAGGGUCAAUUUGGAAAAUCAAGUUCUGAAAUCUGGAUAUACUAGCCGGGAUCUAAUUAUUUUGGAAAAUGAUGAUCCUGGGGGAAUUUUUGAAUUUUCUCCUGCUUCUAGAGGACCCUAUGUUAUAAAUGAAGGAGAAUCUGUAGAGCUCCACAUCAUCCGAUCCAGGGGAGCUCUUGUGAAACAGUUUCUACACUACCGAAUAGAGCCAAGAGAUAGCAAUGAAUUCUAUGGAAACAUGGGAAUACUAGAAUUUAAACCUGGGGAGAGGGAGAUAGUAAUCACCUUGCUCACAAGAUUGGAUGGGAUACCAGAGUUGGAUGAACAUUAUUGGGUGGUCCUCAGCAGCCAUGGUGAAUGGGAAAGCAAGUUGGGAAGUGCUACGGUUGUCAACAUAACAAUUCUGAAAAAUGAUGAUCCUCAUGGGAUUAUAGAAUUUGUGUCGGAUGGCCUAAUUGUCCUUAUAAAUGAAAGCAAAGGAGACAUUAUCUAUAGUGCUGUUUAUGAUGUAAUAAGAAAUCGAGGCAACUUUGGUGAUGUUAGUGUAUCAUGGGUGGUUAGUCCAGACUUCACACAAGAUGUAGUUCCCAUCAAUGGGACUGUUUUCUUUGGACAUCAGGAAUUUUCAAAAAAUGUCACCAUUUAUUCCCUACCAGAUGAGAUUCCAGAGGAAAUGGAAGAAUUUACUAUUAUCCUACUUAAUGCCACUGGAGGAGCUAAAAUAGGAAAUAAAACAACUGCAACUCUGAGGAUUAGUGGAAAUGAUGACCCCAUUUAUUUUGCAGAACCUCGUGUAGUGAGGGUUCAGGAAGGUGGAACUGCUUCCUUUACUGUUCUCAGAAAUGGAUCUGCUGAUGUUGCCUGCACUGUACAAUAUGCCACCAUGGAUGGGAAAGCUACUGCAAGAGAGGGAGACUUUUUACCUAUUGAAAAAGGGGCAACACUUGUGUUUGAGGUUGGAAAAAGAGAGCAGCGUAUAUCUGUAUUUGUCAAUGAAGAUGAUAGCCCAGAAACAGAUGAGCCUUUUUAUAUAAUCCUCUUUAAUUCAACAGGUGAUACAGUAGUGUAUCAAUAUGGAAUAGCCACUGUGAUAAUUGAAGCUAAUGAUGAUCCAAAUGGUAUUUUUUCUUUUGAGCCCAUAGAUAAAGCAGUAGAAGAAGGAAAAACUAAUGCAUUUUGGAUUUUGAGACAUCGAGGACACUUUGGCAAUGUUUCCGUGGAAUGGCAGCUGUUUCAGAAUGAUUCUGCUUUACAACUUGGACAAGAAUUCUAUGAAACUUCAGGAACUAUUAAUUUCAUGGAUGAUGAAGGAGCAAAACCAAUAAUUCUGCAUGCUUUUCCAGAUAAAAUUCCUGAAUUCAAUGAAUUUUAUAUUCUAAAACUUGUAAACAUAUCAGGUGGAUCUCCAGGUCCUGGGGGCCAACUAGCAGAAACCAAUCUCCAGGUGACAGUAAUGAUUCCAUUCAAUGACGACCCCUUUGGAAUUUUCAUCUUUGAUCCAGAGUGUUUACAGAGAGAAGUGGCUGAAGAUGUCCUCUCAGAAGAUGAUAUGUCUUAUAUUACAAACUUCACUAUUUUGAGGCAACAGGGUGUCUUUGGUGAUGUACGAGUAGGCUGGGAAAUACACACCAAUGAGCUCAUGGCUGGAUUGCCUCCAAUGAUAGAUUUUUUACUGGUUGGAAGUUUUCCCAGCACUGUGCAUUUACAACCUCACAUGCGGCGUCACUAUAGUGGAACAGAUGCUUUGUACUUCAGUGGAUUAGAGGGUGCAUUUGGAACUGUUAAUCCCAAAUACCAUCCCUCCAAGAACAGCACAAUUGCCAACUUUACAUUUUCAGCUUGGGUAAUGCCUAAUGCUAAUACAAAUGGAUUUGUUAUAGCAAAGGAUGAUGGUAAUGGAAUUAUCUACUAUGGGGUAAAAAUUCAAACAAAUGAAUCCCAUGUGACACUUUCCCUUCAUUACAAAACUUGGGGUUCCAAUAUUACGUAUAUUGCUAAGACGACUGCCAUGAAGUACUUUGAAGAAAAUGUUUGGCUUCAUCUUCUAAUUAUCUUGGAUGAUGGCAUACUUGAAUUCUACCUUGAUGGAAAUGCAAUGCCCAGAGGAAUUAAGAGUCUGAAAGGGGAAGCCAUUAUGGAUGGUCCUGGGAUUCUGAGAAUCGGCGCAGGAAUAAAUGGCAAUGACAGAUUUACAGGUUUGAUGCAGGAUGUGAGGUCCUAUGAACGGAAACUGACCCUUGAAGAAAUUUAUGAACUUCAUGCCAUGCCCGCAAAGAGUGAUUUGCACCCCAUUUCUGGAUAUAUGGAGUUCAGGCAAGGAGAAGCUAACAAAUCAUUCAUUGUUUCUGCAAGAGAUGACAACGAAGAAGAAGGAGAAGAAUUAUUCAUUCUUAAACUAGUGUCUGUAUAUGGAGGAGCUCGCAUUUCUGAAGAAAAUACUACAGCUAGAUUAAUAGUACAAAAAAGUGACAAUGCCAAUGGCUUGUUUGGUUUCACAGGAACUUGUAUACCAGAGGUAGCAGAGGAGGGCUCCACCAUUUCAUGUGUGGUAGAGAGAACCAGAGGAGCUCUGGAUUAUGUGCAUGUUUUUUACAUCAUCUCACAGAUCGAAUCUGAAGGCACUAAUUAUCUUGUUGAUGAUUUUGCUAAUGCCAGUGGAACUAUCACAUUCCUUCCUUGGCAGAGAUCAGAGGUCCUGAAUAUAUAUGUUCUUGAUGAUGAUAUUCCUGAGCUCAAUGAAUAUUUCCGUGUGACUUUGGUAUCUGCAAUUUCUGGAGAUGGGAAACUAGGUUCAACUCCUACCAGUGGUGCAAGUAUAGAUCCUGAGAAGGAAACAACAGAUAUUACCAUUAAAGCUAGUGAUCAUCCAUAUGGCUUGCUGCAGUUCUCCAUAGGGCUACCUCCACAGCCAGAAGACGAAAUGACCUUGCCUGAAAGCACCAUUCCACACAUCACGGUGAAGGAGGAAGAUGGAGAAAUCCAGUUAUUGGUUGUCCGUGCACAAGGACUUCUGGGGAGGGUGCUGGUGGAAUUUAGAACUGUUUCACUGACAGCAUUCAGUCCUGAGGACUACCAGAGUGUUGCUGGUACCUUAGAAUUUCAACCAGGAGAAAGAUAUAAAUAUGUAUCUGUCAACAUCACGGAUAAUUCUAUCCCUGAACUGGAAAAGUCUUUUAAAAUGGAAUUAUUAAAUUCAGAGGGAGGAGUGGCUGAACUCUUUAGGGUUGAUGGCAGUGGUAGUGGUGAUGGGGACUUGGAAUUCUUCGUCCCAACUAUUCACAAACGUGCCAGCCUAGGAGUGGCUUCCCAAAUUCUAGUGACAAUUGCAGCCUCUGACCAUGCUCAUGGUGUAUUUGAGUUUAGCUCGGAGUCACUCUUUGUCAGCGGAACUGAACCAGAAGGUGGGAACAGCACUGUUAUAUUAAAUGUUAUGAGACAUCAUGGAGCUCUGUCUCAGGUGACUUUACAUUGGAACAUAGACUCUGAUCCUGAUGGUGAUCUCACCCUUACCUCUGGCAACAUCACAUUUGAGAUUGGGCAGACAAGUGCCACCAUCACAGUGGAAAUAUUACCGGAUGAAGAUCCAGAAUUGGAUAAGGCGUUUUAUGUGUCAAUCCUUAGUGUCUCCAGUGGCUCAUUAGGAGUUCACACUAAUGCCACAUUAACAGUUUUGGCUAGUGAUGAUCCUUACGGGGUAUUCAUCUUCUCGGAGAAAAAUAGACCUACUGAAGUUGAGGAAACCACCCAGAACAUUACGUUGUCAAUAAUAAGAUUGAAAGGCUUCAUGGGAAAAGUCAUAGUUAUGUAUGCAACAAUGGAUGAUAUGGAAAAACCACCUUAUUUUCCACCCAAUUUAGCCAGAGCAACUCAAGGAAGGGACUAUAUACCAACUUCUGGAUUUGUCAUUUUCAGAGCUAACCAGAGUGAGGCAACAAUAACUAUUUCAAUUUUGGAUGAUGAUGAACCAGAAAAAUCAGAAUCUGUGUUUAUUGAACUACUUAACUCUACUUUAGUAGAGAACGUUCAGGAUCGUCCAAUAUCAAAUUCUCCACGCCUUGGAAUGAAGAUUGAGACUAUUGCUCAUCUAAUUAUCAUUGCCAAUGAUGAUGCAUUUGGAACACUUCAGCUUUCAGCAUCAAUUGUUCGAGUAGCAGAAAAUCACAUUGGACCCAUUAUCAAUGUGACUAGAACAGGAGGAGCAUUUGCAGAUGUUUCUGUGAAGUUUAAAGCUGUGCCAAUAACUGCAAUUGCUGGUGAAGAUUAUAGUAUAGCUUCAUCGGAUGUGGUCUUACUAGAAGGUGAAACUAGUAAAGCUGUGCCAAUUUAUAUCAUUAAUGACAUUUACCCUGAGCUAGAGGAAUCUUUUCUUGUGCAACUACUGAAUGAAACAACAGGAGGAGCCAAAUUAGGGGCAUUAACAGAGGCAGUCAUUAUUAUUGAGGCCUCUGAUGACCCCUAUGGAUUAUUUGGUUUUCAGAUUACUAAACUUAUUGUAGAGGAACCUGAGUUUAACUCAAUGAAGGUAAACCUGCCAAUAAUUCGAAAUUCUGGGACAAUUGGCAAUGUUACUGUUCAGUGGGUUGCCACCAUUAAUGGACAGCUUGCUACUGGUGACCUGCGAGUUGUCUCAGGUAAUGUGACCUUUGCCCCUGGGGAAACCAUUCAAACCUUGUUGUUAGAGGUCCUGGCUGACGACGUUCCGGAGAUUCAAGAGGUAAUCCAAGUGCAACUAGCUGAUGCCUCUGGUGGAGGUACUAUUGGGGUAGAUCGAGUGGCUAAUAUUAUUAUUCCUGCCAAUGAUAAUCCUUAUGGUACAGUAGCCUUUGUUCAGCCAGUUUAUCGUGUUCAAGAACCUCUGGAAAGAAGUGCCUGGGCUAACAUAACUGUCAGGCGAAGCGGAGGGCAUUUUGGUCGGCUGUUGUUGUUCUACAGUACUUCUGAUAUUGAUGUAGUGGCUCUUGCUGUUGAGGAAGGUCAAGAUUUACUGUUCUACUAUGAAUCGCCAAUUGAAGGCAUACCAGACCCGCUUUGGAGAACCUGGGUGAAUGUCUCUGCAGUGGGGGAACCCCAGUAUACCUGUGCCACUUUGUGCCUCAAAGAACACGCUUGCUUAGCGUUUUCAUUUUUCAGUGCUUUUGAUGGUCCUGAGUGCUUUUGGAUGACAUCAUGGAUUACCCCAACUGGUAACAACUCAGACUUCAGGACUUACAGGAAAAACAUGACCAGGGUGGCAUCUCUUUUUAGCAGUCAGGCUGUAGCUGGUAGUGACUAUGAGCCUGUGACUAGGCACUGGGCCAUAAUGCUGGAAGGUGACGAAUUUGCAAAUCUCACGGUUUCUAUUCUUCCUGAUGAUUUCCCAGAGAUGGAUGAGAGUUUCCUAAUUUCCCUUCUUGAAGUUCAUCUCAUGAAUAUCACAGCCAGUUUUAAUAAUCAGCCAACCGUCGGACGGCCAAAUACUUCUACAGUUGUCAUAGCAUUAAACGGUGAUGCCUUUGGAGUGUUUGUGAUCUACAGUAUUAGUCCUAACACAUCAGAAGAUGGUUUAUAUGUGGAAGUUCAGGAGCAGCCACAAACCACUGUGGACUUGAUGAUCCACAGGACGGGAGGCAGCAUAGGUCAAGUGACAGUUGAAUGGCGUGCUAUUGGUGGAACAGCUAUCGAAGGUUUAGAUUUUAUUGGUGCUGGAGACAUUCUGACUUUUGCUGAAGGUGAAACCAAAAAGACAGUAAUUUUAACCAUUUUGGAUGACUCUGAGCCAGAGGAUGAUGAAAGCAUCAUAGUUAGCUUGGUGUACACUGAAGGAGGAAGUAGAAUCUUGCCCAGCUCCAACACUGUUAGUGUGAACAUUUUGGCCAAUGAUAAUGUGGCUGGGAUUGUUAGCUUUCAGACAGCUUCCAGAUCUGUCAUAGGUCAUGAAGGAGAAAUUUUGCAAUUCCAUGUGAUAAGAACGCCCCCAGGUCGAGGAAAUGUUACUAUUAAAUGGAAAAUCAUUGGGCAACAAUUAGAACUUAAUUUUGCUAACUUCACUGGACAGCUUUUCUUUUCUGAGGGGUCACUGAAUCAGACAAUACUUGUGCAUUUGUUGGAUGACAACAUUCCAGAGGAGAAAGAAGUAUACCAAGUAAUCCUGUAUGACAUCAAGACAGAAGGAGUUCCACCAGCAGGAAUGGCUUUGCUUGAUACUCAAGGAUAUGGGGCUGUGCUCACAGUGGAGGCCAGUGAUGAACCACAUGGAGUUUUGAAUUUUGCUCUUUCAUCAAGAUUCAUUUCAGUAGAAGAGGCUAAUGUAACCAUUCAGCUUUUCAUCGACAGGAAAUUUGGAUCUUUAGGAGUUAUCAAUGUUACAUAUAGUACAGUUUCUGGAAUGCUGAGUCUAAAAAACCAAACGGAAGGAAACCUGGCAGACCCAGAAGUGGAUUUUGUGCCAAUAGUUGGCUUUCUAAUUUUACAAGAAGGGGAAACAUCAGCAGCCCUCAACAUUACCAUACUAGAGGAUGAUAUACCAGAGUUAGAAGAAUAUUUCCUGGUGAAAUUAACUUAUGUUGAACUUACCAUGGCUCCUUUAACUUCAUUUCCUCCCAGACUAGAUUCAGAAGGCUUGACUGCUCAAAUUAUUAUCAAUGCCAAUGAUGGUGCCCAAGGUGUAAUUGAAUGGCAACAUAGCAGGUUUGAAGUAAAUGAAACACAGGGAAGUGCAACUGUGGUAGCCCAGAGGAGCAGAGGGGCUCUUGGCCAUGUUUCCUUGUUUGUGUAUGCACAGAAUUUGGAAGCACAAGUGGGGCUGGAUUACAUCUUCACCCCAAUGAUUCUUCAUUUUGCUGAUGGAGAAAGAUAUAAGAAUGUUGACAUCAGGAUUCUUGAUGAUGACAUUCCAGAAGGAGACGAAAAAUUUCAGCUGAUUUUAACAAAUCCUUCUCCUGGACUAGAGCUGGGAGCAAACACAAUAUCCUUAGUGACUGUUCUUGCUAAUGAUGAUGGCCCUGGUGUACUAUCAUUUAACAACAGUGAGCACUUUUUCCUAAGAGAACCAACAGCUCUCUAUGUACAAGAGAGUGUUGCUAUAUUGUACAUUGUUCGGGAACCUGCACAAGGACUCUUUGGAACUGUAACAGCUCAGUUCAUUGUGACAGAAGUGAAUUCUUCAACUGAGUCUAAAGACCUGACCCCUUCCAAAGGCUAUAUUGUUUUUGAAGAAGGUGUUCGACUCAAGGCCCUACACAUAUCUGCUGUAUUAGACACGGAACCUGAAAUGGAUGAGCAUUUUCUUUGCACCUUGUUAAGUCCAACUGGAGGUGCUAGAUUAGGAGCACCUGUUCAAACCCUGAUAACAGUUUUGCAAAACCAGGCCCCUCUGGGGCUAUUCAGUAUCUCUGCAGUUGAAAAUAGAGCCACUUCUCUAGCCAUUGAAGAAGCCAACAGGACUCUAUAUUUAAACGUGUCACGUACUAAUGGCAUUGACUCAGCUGUGAGUGUGGAGUGGGAGACAAUAUCUGAAACAGCUUUUGGCAUGAGGGGAAUAGAUGUUGCGUUUUCCAUACUGCAAACUUUUUUAAAUGAAUCAACUUCUGGUUGGUGUUUCUUUACUUUGGAAGAUUCAAUAUAUGGUAUAAUGUUAAGAAAAUCAUUUAUGGGGUUUUCUACUGUUUAUCGAUGGCAAGGGACUUUUAUUCCAAUUGAGGAUUUAAAUAUAGAAAACCCUAAAUCUUGUGAGGUCUUUAACAUUGGUCUUUCUCCCUACUUUGUGAUUACUCAUGAAGAACUAAAUAACGAAAAUUCUUCUGUUAACAGUGUGUAUACAUUUACAUCUGGAUUCAAAUUGUUACUGGUACAAACAAUCACUAUUCCAGAAAGUUCUCAAGUAAGACACUUUUCUUCAGACAAUCAAAAUUACUUAAUUAUUGCAAGUCAACAAGACAAUUCUGAAUUAACUCAGGUGUUCAGAUGGAAUGGAAGAAGCUUUGUUUUGCAUCAAACACUCCCUGUACGAGGUGUGCUGAGCAUGGCCUUGUUCAACAGAGGAGGCUAUGUGUUCUUAGGUGUUUCCCAGGCUAAUGCCGAGCUAACUGCCCUUUUAUUCAGAUGGUCUGAUGAUGGGUUUAUACACUUUCUUGAAGUUCCGGUCAGUGGGACAACGCAAGUUACUGCUUUGACUUUAGGCGAUGACGUUUACUUAAUUUUUGCCAAAAAUAUAUUCUUAGGAGCUCAGAAUUCAAUUGACAUUUUCAUCUGGGAGACAGGGCAGUCUUCUUUCAGAUAUUUUCAGUCUCUGGAUUUUGCUACUGUUCUCCAAAUCCACACCUUUACACCAGUCUCAGGAAUAGUCCAUAUACUUCUUAUUGGUCAAGAUGGGUCUGCUCUUUACUGCUGGAAUUCAGAGCUGAAUCAGUUCUCUUUUGUUCUGGGAGCACCGUCUGCUCAGGAUGCUGCUGUUGUUACAGUGAAGUCCCUUAAUUCAAGCAAGAAUUUAAUUGCUCUAGUAGGAGCUUCCUACUCACACAUAUAUGAGCUGGCUUACAUCUCAAGGCAGUCUGACUUUAUUCCUAGCUCAGGUGAACUGAUAUUUGAACCUGGAGACAAAGAAGCUAUAAUAGUGGUAAAUAUCCUGGAUGAUGUAAUCCCAGAGAAAGAAGAAUCCUUCAGAGUUCAACUUAAAAAUCCCAAAGGAGGAGCAGAGAUUGGUAUUAAUGGUUAUGUUAAAGUGACUAUUAUAUCUAAUGAUGAUGCCUAUGGAAUUGUUGCUUUUGCUCAGAAUUCCUUAUAUAAACAAGUGGAAGAAAUGGAGCAAGAUAGCCUAGUAACCUUGAAUGUUGAGCGCUUAAAAGGAACAUAUGGUCGUAUAACUGUUACAUGGGAAGCUGAUGGAAGUAAUAGUGAUAUAUUUCCUACCUCAGGAGUGAUUUCAUUUUCUGAAGGCCAAGCGCUGUCUACAAUCACUCUGACUGUUCUUGCUGAUGAUAUACCUGAGUUAUCAAAGGUUGUGAUUAUAACACUCAUCAGUAUUACCACAGAUGGGGUUGAGGACCUGUCUAGAGGUGCUACCAUUGACCAGAAAAGAAACAAGUCUGUGAUAACUACUCUAUCCAAUGACUCACCCUAUGGCUUGGUGGGUUGGCAUGCAGAGUCUCUCUUUGCUAGAGUAACAGAGCCAGAAGGUAAAUCUUAAGUUUUUCAAGCUCUAAUAAGAAAUUUUAUUGGGUUGGCCCAGGAUCGGGCAGUGUUUCUUUCUGCUACCCCUAACAAGAUGGUUUUGCACACUGAUCAUUCUUGUGAACAAAGUCAGCUAUUCCUUACUGGCAAAUCAUGUGUUUAAUGUAAAUUAAAUAUCUUUAAAAAAUAAAACUCCAUUUUCCUCCAUACCCCACCCCAGGAUAAUGCUCCUGAGUUGGAAGAAGGAUUUAUUGUCAAUAUCACUCAUGUGCACCUGGUGAACUCUGACUUCUAUGAAGGACAGCCAAGUUUGAGCAGACCUGGAAGGGAAAUAGCUGAAAUAAUGAUAGAAGAAAAUGAUGAUCCCAGAGGAAUUUUUAAGUUUCAUGUUUCCAGAGAUGCUGGUGGAAUUAUUAUUGCUUAUGAAGUGCCUCCACCCUUGAAUGUUCUACAAGUUCCUGUGGUUCGACUGGCUGGAAGCUUUGGGAUAAUGAGUGUUUAUUGGAAAGCAACACCAGAUAGUGCUGGCCUGGAAGACUUUAAGCCAUCUCACGGGAUUCUUGAGUUUUCAGAUGGACAAACUACUGCCAUGAUAGAAAUUACCAUAAUUGAUGAUGCUGAAUUUGAAUUCAUGGAGGCAUUCCAUAUUUCUUUAGUCAGGGUAGCUGGAGGUGGCCGACUUGGUGAUGAUGUUGUGAGAACUGUUGUUAUCCCACAAAAUGAUUCUCCAUAUGGAAUAUUUGGAUUUGAAGAAAAGACUGUAAUGGUUGAUGAAUCCCUGUUGUCUGAUGAUACUGAUUCUUAUGUGACAUUAACGGUUGUCCGGUCUCCAGGAGGAAAAGGAGCUGUCCAACUUCAAUGGACCAUAGAUGAGAUGGCUAAAGAUGAUCUCAGUCCUUUGAAUGGAACACUUCAUUUUGAUGAGAUUCAUGGACAUGCAUCAAUAAUCAUUCGGGGAGACAAAGGAGUUUCAAGUGAAGUUGGAAUAGCUCCAUCAUCUAGGCAUGUCCUCAUUGGGGAACCCUCAACAAAAUAUAACGGCACUGCUAUAAUCAGCCUUGUUCGUGGCCCAGGGCUUUUAGGGGAAGUCACUGUGUCCUGGAAAAUAUUUCCUCCUUCAGAAGAGGAAUUUGUGGAAACUUCUGGAAAACUGACAAUGCAAGAUGGUCAGUCUGCAGCCAUUGUAUUAAUACAGGCUUUGAAUGAUGACAUUCCUGAGGAAAAGUGUUUCUUUGAGUUUCAGCUUACUGGAAUCAGUGAGGGAGGAAGACUGAGCGAAUCCAGCAGAACUGCUAGUAUCACAAUGGUGGCCAACGACUUUCCCUAUGGCCGAUUCAGCUUUUCACAGGAGCAGCUGCGAGUGUCAGAAGAUGCUCAAGGGGUUAAUGUGACAAUCAUCCGUUUGGGUGGAUCUUUUGGCUUUGUGCGACUCUGCUAUGAGACUGUGAGUGGAACUGCCCAGGCUGGCUUAGAUUUUACUCCUGCAGCUGGGGAGCUCCUCUUUGAACCAAGGGAGAAUGUGAAACAUAUGCAGAUUGAAAUACUUGAUGAUGAGCUCCCUGAAGGCCCUGAGGAGUUUUCUCUAACAGUUACAAAGGUGGAACUCUUGGGAAGAGGGUAUGACUUUACCUUACAAGAAAAUGGACUUCAGAUAGAUCAACCUCCUGAAAUAGGAAAAAUCUCCACUGUCCGUAUCACAAUAAUGAAAAAUGAUAAUGUAGAGGGCAUCAUUGAAUUUGACCCACAGUAUACUGCUAUUGAAGUGGAGAAAGAUGUCAGGAUGAUCAGGAUCGCUGUGGUGAGACUGCGCGGAACGUAUGGGCUUGUGACAGCUGAUUUCAUCUCUCAACACUCCCCUGCCGUCUCUGGUGGUGUCGAUUAUGUAACGCAUGGUAGUACAGUUACAUUUCAGCAUGGACAGAACUUAAGUUUUAUAAAUGUCUCCAUCAUUGAUGACAAUGAAAGUGAAUUUGAGGAGCCCAUUGAAAUUCUGCUUGUUGGGACUACCGGUGGAGCGGUCCUUGGGCGCCACCUAGUGAGCAGAAUUACGAUUGCUAAGAGUGACAAUCCUAUUGGAGUUGUGAGAUUUCUCAAUCAAAGCAAACUUUCUGUUCCUAACCCUAAUUCUACAAUGAUUUUAUCAUUGGUACUGGAGCGGACCGGAGGACUCUUGGGGGAGAUUCAGGUGGACUGGGAGAUACGAGGACCCAAUUCACAGGAUGUGUUGCUGCCACAGAACGGGGACAUUGCAGACCCGGUGACAGGGUCCUUCUGUUUCGAAGACGGAGAAGGAGGACUGAGGACCAUAAUUCUAGCACUCUAUCCUUAUGAGAAAAUUGAAGUUGAAGAAACUUUCAUUAUCAAACUUAAACUUGUUAAAGGAGAAGCUAGAUUAGACUCCAGAGCUAGUGAUGUUACAUUAACUAUACAAAAGUUUGGUGAUCCAAAUGGAGUUGUUCAGUUUGCUUCUGACUCUUUAUCCGAGAAGGCAUAUGCAGAGCCACUGGCUUCAGAAGGGCCCCUACUCAUUACUUUCUUUGUCAAAAGAGUAAAUGGCAUUUUAGGAGACAUUACGGUUUAUUGGGAAUUAAGUAGUGAGUUUAAUAUUGCAGGAGACUUUGUUUCCACGAAAGGCUUUUUUUCCAUUGCUGAUGGAGAAAGUGAAGUGAGGUUUGAUGUUCAUUUGCUACCAGAUGACACACCUGAGAUAGAGGAACAUUAUGUGAUCCAACUUGUUUCUGUAGAGGGAGGGGCAGAACUGGAUCCAGAAAAAUGCAUCACACGAUUUUCUGUUUUGGCAAAUGAUGACCCACAUGGAGUGUUUGCCUUGUAUUCCAGUCACCAGUCAAUAUUUAUGGGGCAGAACCUUAGUAGAUCUAUCCAAAUCAAUGUAACCAGGCAUGCUGGAACAUUUGGAGAUGUGGUUGUUGGAUUUCGAAUAUCAUCUGACCUUAAAGAGCAGCCGAUUGUUACUGAAAAUGCAGAGAGGCAACUGGUGAUCAAAGAUGGUGCCACAUACAAAGUAGACACGGUGCCAAUCAAGAAUCAGAUCUUCCUGUUACUGGGUUCUAAUUUUAUUUUGCAACUGGUGACUGUGACGCUUGCUGGUGGACGUAACUAUGGAAAGCCAAAGAUUCUCCAGGAAGCACAAUCAGUUGUCCUCCCCGUCCCUGAGAAAGCUGCCAAUUCUCAGGUUGGAUUUGAAUCUACUGCUUUUCAACUAAUGGACAUUACUGCUGGAAUCAGUCGUGUUGUGAUUUCUAGGAGAGGCACCUAUGGCCCUCUCUCGGUUGCCUGGACUGCUGGAUAUGCUCCUGGAUUAGAAAUACCCGAAUUCACUGUUGUUGGCAACAUGACUCCCAAACUGGGAAGCCUUUCAUUUUCUCAUGGUGAGCACAGUAAAGGAGUUGUGCUGCGGACAUUUCCAAGCCCUGGUCAACCAGAGGCCUUUGUCAUUCAUCUAUCAGGAGUGCAGAGCAGUGCGCCAGGUGGAGCACAACUUCGAUCAGGUUUCACAGUUGCUGAAAUUGAACCAAUGGGAGUCUUUCAGUUUUCCCCUAAUUCAAGAAAUGUCAUCGUGUCAGAGGAUAUACAGAUGAUCAGAUUACAUGUCCAGAGACUGUUUGGGUUCCACAGUGAUCUUAUUAAAGUUUUUUAUCAAACAACUGCAGGAAGCGCAAAGCCAACGGAAGACUUUGAGCCUGUUCAAGAUGGGGAAAUAGUUUUUAAGAAAUUCCAACCAGAGGUUAAUUUUGAAAUAAUCAUUAUUAAUGAUCAGUUUCCUGAGAUAGAAGAAAACUUUUAUAUCAAUCUAACUUCAGUAGAAAUCAGGGGAUUAAAGAAGUUUGAUGUCAGCUGGAGGCCACGAUUGAAUCUAGAUUUCAGUGUUGCAAUGAUUACAAUAUUAGAUAAUGAUGACUUGGUAGAAAUGGAUGUUUCUUUCCCCAAGACAACUGUGGCUGUGGCAGUUGACACGGCUCUCAUUCCUGUAGAAACAGACUCUGCCACAUCCCCUGACAGAAUAGAAACAACUGCCGUUCUACAGCCAUCUGAAAUGAUUACCGUUGGUACUGAGGCAACUGGUAUGUCUGCCAUGCCAGAGAAACUGGUCACCCUUCCUGGAACAUCCACCAUGUCUGAGACUCCUGCUGUGGACACGGUAACUCCCGAUGUUUCUAUUCAUGGAAUAUUCAGCCUUGGGCCACCUUUUAUUUACAUUGAUGAGGAGAUGAAGAAUGGUACACUCAAUACUGCUGAAGUUCUUGUCCGAAGAACUGGUGGAUUUGCUGGCAAUGUCAGUAUAACAGUUAAGACCUUUGGAGGAAGGUGUGCUGAGGAAGAACCAGAUACAUGGCCUUUUCCUGCUAACUAUGGCAUUUCCAACCUAACAUGGGCAAUUGAAGGAGAAGACUUUCAAGAACAAGCACUUAUCCUUACAUUUCUAGAUGGAGAAAGAGAAAGAAAAGUUUCAGUUCAAAUUUUGGAUGAUGAUGAGCCUGAAGGACAGGAAUUUUUCUAUGUAUUUCUCACAGAUCCUCAAGGGGGAGCACAGAUUGUGACGGGAACAGAUGAUAGUGGAAUUGCAGCUUUUACCGUGGUCAUUAUAACAGGGAGUGAUCUUCAGAAUGGCAUUUUAGGAUUCAAUGAGGAGUCCCAAGGUGGACUAAAACUGGGUGAAGAAGCUGAUAAGAGAAGACUGAAUCUUACUGUCAUAAGGCAGCCAAACAGGGCCUUUGAAGAUGUCAAGGUCUUUUGGCGAGCCUCAUUUAAUAAAAGUGCUUCAGUGCUCCAGAAAAAUGGUGUAAAUCUGAUUGAUGAACUUCUAUCUAUAUCAGGGACUACAGCCUGUGUAAAGGGUCAAACAAAAUGCUUCAUCACCAUUGAGCUCAAACCAGAGAAGAUACCUCAAACUGAAAUGUAUUUUUUUGUGGAAAUCUAUGAAGUAACAACUGGAGCAGCAAUAAAUAACAGUGCCAGAUUUGCUCAGAUUAAAUUCUUACAGGAUGAUGAACCUCAGAGCCUCGUAUAUUUUUCUGUGGGUUCUCGGCUUGCAGUGGCUCAUAAGAAGUCCACUUUCAUCAGUUUGCAGGUGGCCAGAGAAUCUCUGCCAACACCAAUGAUAUCUGUUAACUAUAGUACCCAGGAGCUUCGGAGCACUGAAACAGUAGGUCGUACUCUCAUAUCUCCAGCUAUUUCUGGGAAAGAUUUUGUGAGAACUGAAGGCACAUUGGUCUUUGAACCUGGUCAGAGAAACAACGUAGUGGAUGUCAUCCUAACCCCAGAGACGGCAUCUUUAAAUCCGUUUCCUAAACGCUUCCAGAUUGUGCUUUUUGACCCAAAAGGUGGGGCCAGAAUUGAUCAAGUAUACGGGACUGCCAACAUCACACUUGUGUCUGACUCGGAUUCUCAGGCUGUUUGGGGGCUUGAAGACCAGCUGCACCAGCCCUUAGAUAAUGACAUUCUCAACAGUGUGCUCCACAAUAUUAACAUAAAAGUGGCCACAGAGAACACAGAUGAACAGCUCAGUGCCAUUGUGCAUUUAAUAGACAAGAUAACUGUUGAAGGAAAAAAUCAAAUGUUCAGCAUUGAAAGCCGAAAUCUUCUUUAUGAAAUUCUUUGUGCUCUUAUUAACCCAAAGCGUAAGGAUACUAAGGGAUUCAGUCAUUUUGCUGAAGUGACUGAGAAUUUUGCCUUUUCUCUGCUGACAGAUGUUACUUGUGGCUCUCCUGGUGAAAAAAGUAAAACCAUCCUUGACAGUUGUCCCUAUUUGUCAAUACGGGCUCUUCACUGGUAUCCUCAGCAAAUCAAUGGGCACAAGUUUGAAGGAAAGGAAGGAGAUUAUAUUCAAAUUCCUGAGAGAUUAUUGGAGAUCCCAGAUGCAGAAGUUAUGACUGGGAAGGGUACAUGUAAAUUAGUCCAGUUCACAGAGUAUAACAGCCAACAGUGGCUUAUAAUGGGAAACAAUCUACCUGCCCUGAAAAACAAGGUAUUAUCAUUGAGUGUGAAAGGUCAAAGUUCACAACCCCUGGCUGACAACAAUGAGGUUCUCUACAGGAUUUAUGCUGCAGAGCCUCGAAUUGUUCCCGGGACAUCCCUGUGUCUGCUUUGGAAUCAGGCUGCUGCAAGCUGGUUGUCUGACAGUCAGUUUUGCAAGGUGGUUGAGGACACUUCAGACUACGUGGAAUGUGCUUGUUCACACAUGUCUGUGUAUGCUGUCUACGCCCAGACUGACAACUUGUCUUCAUACAAUGAAGCAUUUUUCUCUUCUGGAUUUAUAUGUAUCUCAGGUCUCUGCCUGGCUGUUCUUUCCCAUAUCUUCUGUGCCAGGUACUCCAUGUUUGCAGCUAAACUUCUGACUCACAUGAUGGCAGCCAGUUUAGGUACACAGAUUAUGUUCCUGGCAGCUGCAUAUGUAAGUCCCCAACUGGCUGAUGAGAGCUGCUCAGCAGUGGCUGCUAUCACACAUUACCUGUAUCUAUGCCAGUUUAGCUGGAUGCUCAUUCAGUCUGUGAAUUUCUGGUAUGUACUCGUGAUGAACGAUGAGCACACAGAGAGGCGAUAUCUGCUGUUUUUCCUUCUGAGUUGGGGACUUCCAGCUUUUGUCGUGAUUCUCCUCAUAGUUAUCCUGAAAGGAAUCUAUCAUCAGAAUAUGCCACAGAUCUAUGGACUCAUCCAUGGUGACUUGUGUUUCAUCCCAAACAUUUAUGCAGCUUUGUUCACUGCUGCUCUUGUUCCCUUAAUGUGUCUUGUGGUGGUGUUUGUGGUAUUCAUCCAUGCCUACCAGGUGAAGCCACAGUGGAAAGCAUAUGACGAUGUCUUCAGAGGAAGAACAAAUGCUGCAGAAAUUCCACUGGUUUUAUGUCUCUUCGCCCUGAUUUCCAUGACAUGGCUUUGGGGAGGACUCCAUGUGGCUUACAGACACUUCUGGAUGUUGGCCCUAUUUGUCAUUUUCAACAGUCUGCAGGGGCUUUAUGUUUUUGUGGUUUAUUUCAUUCUACAUAACCAGAUGUGCUGUCCCAUGAAGGCCAGCUACACGGUGGAAAUGAAUGGGCACCCAGGGCCCAGCACGGCCUUCUUUACUCCAGGGAGUGGAAUGCCUCCUUCUGGAGGGGAAAUCAGCAAGUCCACCCAGAAUCUGAUCAGCGCUAUGGAAGAGGUACCACCUGACUGGGAGAGAGCAUCAUUCCAGCAAGCCAGUCAGGCCAGUCCAGACUUAAAGCCAAGUCCACAAAAUGGCGCCACAUUUCCUACCUCUGGAGGAUAUGGCCAGGGGUCACUGGUAGCCGAUGAGGAAUCCCAGGAGUUUGAUGACUUGAUAUUUGCUUUAAAAACUGGUGCUGGGCUCAGUGUCAGUGACAAUGAAUCUGGUCAAGGCAGCCAGGAGGGAGGCACCUUGACUGAUUCCCAGAUUGUAGAACUCAGGAGGAUACCCAUCGCAGACACCCACCUGUAGAUCCUUAGUAACCAUUAGAAUGAGGAUAUUCCCACAUCUCUACUGGCUUUUUGUGAUAGACUGUAUAUGAAGCCAUAUAAUAGGAAUCUGUGAAUUGUAUUGGAUGGUUAACCCAUAAAUGAUUGUUGUGUUUGAAAUAUAAAUGACUUAAUUUUGUGCAACAUGAAAAUCCACUGCUAUAGUGAAGGGCUGGAUCAAUUUAUAUCAGUUAAUAGGAGGUACAUAUUCUAAGAUUAUUAGUUUUUUUUAAUCAUCUUUCAUGGCUAACAUUGUUUAGUAAGGAUAAUAAUGAUUAACAAUAAAA